UCCGAGAUUAUUAGUGUUUGAAAAGAUCCGAACAUGUCACGAUAAUUUACGAAGGAUUCCCGAUCUUGCACGGAAAUUUGCCGAUUAUAUAUUUACAUUUUUGAAACUUCGUUGAUACACUCACUUUGUUUUGACCAUUCUUCCACGGUUAUUUACAUGUCAUUUUAACAUUUCCAUGUAUUAUCUUUGGUAAAGUACAUAGAUCAUAAAUCAUUAUAUGAAGCCUGGAAUAUGAGUGUUGAAGAGGCUCGAGAGAAGAUCUUAAAUUUAGCUGCUGAGGUAGCUGAAACUGAAGAUUGUAAUGUUCCAAUACAACUUGGACAACUCCAAGAAAUUCUAAGUGAUUAUCCUCCUGGAACUGAACCUGGUGUAAAGAUACGCCAGGAUAUUUGGAACUACGAUGUUUUACACGUUUGUUCUCUUGCUCUCCUUCAAGACUUUACCCCAAUCGAUGGUGGAUGGAAAACAGCUGCUAGACUGUGUUCUAUUCUUUGCCAAUGUUGCGAGGGAGUUGAGUUGCAAGCAUCCAUAGAAUUCAAUGAAACGUUCCUACCAAACGCCUUGGAUAAUAUGUUGGACUUAUCCUUCAGAAUACAGGAAAUUUACCUGUCCACAGAGGUGCGAGUAAGACACGAACUUUAUAAAAAUUACAAAGAUGUAACUGAUUCAAUAGUAUGGUGGCUUAGUUACGCCCCAAAUCUUAAUAUUUCAGUUUUAGAAUCUAAACGUCUAAUGCAGAUGUUGAUGGUUGAAGAUGAAGAAACGUCCUUACUGAUUCUUGUAAUGAUACACUGUAUACUACGUAAAGACAGGAAUGUUCUCAGCAAGUUAAGCGAAGAAAAGCGAAACGGUUUACUGGAUGAACUUAUCUAUAAAAUAUCUGCUUCUGAAGAUAUUUCUGUUGGAAGAUCCGCUUGUCAACUGCUACUGAUGUUUAUUGACCGUCAACCUGCUGCAAUUGUGGAACUUUUAUCGUCCAGAAAGUAUAGAGGUUUAAAGACAUACUUAAGCAAGUGGAAAGAUAAAGGCUUUGAUCCAGAUUUGAGGAAAUUAACGGGAAUACUAGAAGCAGGAGGUGUUGCCCAAGCUCACUUAUUGAAAGAAGAUCUUGCCGCAUCAAAAAUCCAGGCUUGCUACAAAGGAUUCAAGGAAAGACAAAUGUUGACAAAAACGACAGCCGGUGUGGUGACAUUUCAAAGACUUUAUAGGAAGUACAGAUUGAGAAAACAUCAGGAGCGGACAGAAACGAGAUGGAAACGGGAGAAAGAGCUUCGCGAAGAUAUCUCGAGAAAGAGAGAUUUUCGACAGAGUUUAAAUAAAAAUCUUAAAACGUUGGAGUAUCUGCCUGCUAACAAAAUCCAGGAAUAUUUGAUAGAAAAGCAGGAGGCGGCGGCUGUAAGGAUACAAGCCGCAUUUCGUGGGAUGCGCACGCGAAAGUGCGUGUCAGAGUUAAGAUAUGAAAAAAUAUUUCAAGAUGCAGCAAUUAUAAUACAAAGACAGUUUAGAAAUUAUGUAAAAAGAAGGAAAAGUGCCGAAAAGGUUAAUUUUCAAUCUGGGCCACCAGGUCUUGACGACGUUCGCCGGGCAGAACUUCAGGAACAAAUAUUACGUUAUCGUGAAAAUAUGGUGCAUAAGUCUUGGACGUUGGAAACCAUAAAAGAGCGCCACUACGAGACACAACGACUUCUGGGAAACCAUUUAAUGUUGUAUGGGAAAGCAAGAAAAAGUGAACAAAGAAGGGAAGCGUUAUUAGCCAAAAUGAAUGUUGAUGCUGAGUUAUUACUAGGAUCACCGCAAUUGAAGGAUGCGAAUAUGGAGAUUGUAGAAAUGUACACCUCUCGUUCCGCUCCUGUUAUGACGAAGGCACAAAUGAACCACGCUGAGGACAUAACAAAGUUAAAAUCACCUUGGUGGAAAAAACUAUGGGAUAAUGAUGAACAAUAUGUGAUAGAUAAUAUCACAGAGAAGAAAAAGGAAGAACUGAACUUUUAGAAUGUAACACAGAUUUUAUACUCGGAUAUUCCUCUAUUUUUAAUAUAUAUUUAU